AUGCUCCAAGCCGUCAGCAAGGCACUCCUUACUUUGGACUCUUUUCUGGCAACAACGCAUGGUGAUCCAGCAGCCGGUUUUUAUUUUGAAUGGCCAAACGUGACAUUCCAAACGGUUCAGCGUCGUCUGAUGGAACUACGUCGCUCCACGAAGCAGUGGUACGAUGUCCUCUCAGAUACCGACCCAGCUCAUGUUAGUCAACUCAGCGAACUUGCCUUUAUCGAACUUGUCGCCGCAGCCGCGCACCCUCUCUCCCCUUCCUCAACAUCUGUCACUCCUGCAAGUGGUACGCCAUCGACCCAACCUACACGGAAGUUGAGCAUUAGAGGUUUGCGUCAACACAUUCGAGCUAUUGCUGCUGCUUCACCCGGUCAUUUGGGCUCGCCUCGCGGUCGUCACCUCACCCAUUGGGACCGAAAACGUGUGGCUUUCAUUAACUGGCUCCAGUCUGAGUUGACUGCUCUUAUCCCCUCUCCAAUGAACCUCCCGUUACAUGAGGUGUUUUAUGGCCCAAGGAAUCCCAUCAACCGAUCGACAAAGUUGCCUUCUCAUCCGAACAUCCUAUCUGUGCGCCGACGCCUCAAUCCACCCUAUCAACAGUGUCUCCAUCAAGCGUUGUCUGACCCCGGGAAUUAUCUACAGAUUUCCGAGUACCAACUGGAUUCGCCGGAUAGCCUCAGUUCCUGUUUGCCAGAUCUCUCUAUUCUGUACAAGUUGCAUUUAGGUUCCACCAAAUCGAUCAAUCUCUACGACUGGCUUGUGGCAUUUGCAUCAGUACUCGGUGAAGAUGUUUUUGAAAACAGUUUGCCUUCCAAGACCACUCAGUAUGUUUUCCUUCUUGACUCCAUCCGUCUCAUCCGACUGCUCGUGCCUUGGUCGUUUCCUCCCUUUUUAUGCAUUACCUAGUUUACAUUCUGUGGUCAUGUGAACUAUCAGCUCACCAUACCAUUUCCGAAAUGGAGCUCACCACACCAUUUUUGUACUCAGGAACCCUUAUCAUCACUGCUUGAAGGACUUGAUCACUCAUCUUGUGCCACAGCUUGCGUCUCGCUUCAACAUUAUCGUUAUAAGAACGUCUUGACUUGUGUUUUUGCCUUUAGGCCCCCUUUGGUCUGACUCUCGAUAUUGACUUUUUGGGUUGUGACGACUUAUUCC